AUGGCUGAGGGUGCAGGAUUUCAACCAGCACCAGCUGGGCAUAGCUCUGCUUAUGCAGACAGCCGGUUGUCUCAGCAGCGUCUUAAUGGUCUGACUGAGAAUACCACCGGAGAAAUCAAGAAUCCUCUUGUGGGCAUUCCAAAGAGCCAGCUCAUGGUAGAUGUUGAAGCGUAUGCCGACCACUAUCAGCUCAACGGCAUCCUCCCACUUCUCAAGAAGGGUGCCCUGGUCGCUCAGAACCCCAGGGGAAUUGAGAACAUUGAGGAGCUUGAUGAAGCCGAUCGUCAGGCUUUGCGCCAGGAGGUCACCCAUCGUUGGAAGCAGCCAAAGACCUUGUACUUCACGAUCCUUCUCAACUCCAUCGCUGCUGCUAUCCAAGGUUGGGAUCAGGAAGGCUCCAACGGUGCAAACUUGACUUUCCAGGAGAGCCUCGGAAUUUCUGAGAAGUCCCCUGGACCUUGUGACCUGGAUGGCACCUGUGACCGUAAUCUGUGGCUCGUCGGAGUGAUCAACUCUACCCCUUACUUGAUUAUCGCUAUCUUGAUUGCCUGGAUCGCUGACCCGUUGAAUCAUUGGCUUGGUCGUCGCGGCGUCAUCUUUCUCGGCGCUAUCUUCAGUGUUGUCUCACCUAUCGGCUCUGCUCUCGUUAAAACAUGGCCUCAACUUGUCAUUUGUCGUUGUCUUCUUGGUACUGGCAUGGGUCUUAAGGAAGUCACAGUCCCUGUGUUCUCCGCUGAGAACGCUCCUACCAGCAUUCGUGGAGGGCUCAUUAUGUCCUGGCAGUUGUGGACUGCAUUCGGUAUCUUCUGUGGCGUUGGCGCCAAUCUGGCUCUUGUCAACACAGGAGACAUCGCCUGGCGACUGCAAUUAGGCUCUGCCUUCAUCCCCGCUGUUCCACUUAUGUUGGGAGUCUGGUUCUGCCCUGAAUCUCCUCGUUGGCUCAUGACCAAGAAGCGACAUGACAAGGCCUACAAAUCUCUGCUUAGUCUACGAAAUACUCCCCUCCAGGCCGCACGCGACUUGUACUUCAUCCAUGCUCAGCUGGUCCAAGAAGGACUUAUGUUGGAAGCAGGUGGAUUCUCCAAAAAUGCCAGCAUGUUCACUCGUUUUAUCGAGUUGUGGACUAUUCCACGUAAUCGUCGUGCCGCCCAGGCAUCUGGUGUUGUCAUGGUCGCCCAACAGAUGUGUGGAAUCAACAUUAUUGCUUUCUACUCCACAAGCAUCUUCGCCCAGGCAGGAGCAAGCAAUCUCGGUGCUUUGCUUGCUUCUUUUGGCUAUGGAUCCAUCAACUUCAUAUUCGCCUGGCCUGCUGUCUGGACAAUCGAUACAUUUGGUCGACGAGCUCUCCUGCUUUUCACCUUCCCCAACAUGUGUUGGACACUGCUUGCCGCUGGGUUCUGCUUCUGGAUCCCAACUGAAAGCAAAGCCCACAUCGCAAUGAUUGCCCUUUUCGUUUACGUUUUCGCAAUGUUUUAUUCUCCAGGCGGAGGGCCUGUGCCUUUCUGUUAUUCCGCAGAGGUGUUCCCACUGUCUCAUCGUGAAAUUGGCAUGUCCUGGGCUGUCGCCUCCAACAACUUCUGGGGUUUCUGGUUGGGAGUUACAUUUCCCUACAUGCUUCGAGCAUUGCAGCCACUCGGUGCAAUUGGAUUCUAUGCGGGCCUGAACCUUGUCGCUCUUGUGUUGAUCUUCCUUUUUGUUCCGGAGACCAAGCAACGUUCUCUUGAAGAACUAGACUAUGUCUUUGCCGUGACCACUCGCCGUCACGCGUCGUAUCAAUUGUUCACGGUUCUCCCAUGGUGGAUCAAGCGAUACAUCCUUCGCCGCAAGUAUUUGGUUUGCCCUGAGCUUUACAAGACUGACUUGGACGAGUACCACUAUUCGAGUCACACUUCAACUGUCUUGCAAGAUAGCAACAAGUCUGGGACAGAGGCCAGCGCAUAUCAAACUCAGUCGGUUUGAUGGCUCUAAUCGCACGAACUUAGGACCUGCUAUCUAGCAAUUGUCCCAUGGAAUGCGAAAGAGCAUAUCCCAACUGAUUUCCUUUCCCUGAAUUUUUUUUUUCUUUCUUUUCCUUUUCUUCUUCGACUUGAUUCCAGAUUUGGAGAAAGAUAUUGUUAUGGCUCUAAGGGUCAACCAUUUUGUGUAUCUCU